AUGUUUGCGACGUCGAGGACGGGGAAGCUGCGCAUCGACGCGUCGAGCGCCGCGCCGCAGGGCGAGCUGGCGUUCGAGCUGCCCCCGGCGCGGACGGGGCUUGGUGCCACGCCGUUCGCGAGCAUCUCCUCGCGCAGCUUUCCCGAGUGGAAGGACCAGGCCGAUGUGCACCCCCGGGCGCCUCAGCUGGUGUUCACGACGGCGCGCGCGGCCACGAGCGAGCGGUUCCGCGUGAUCAAGAUCAUCGGCGACGGGCGCUGCAUGUUUCGAGCGAUGGCGCACGGGCUCGCGCACAACAAGGGGAUCGCGCUGAACCCGAAGGACGAGGAGCGCGAGGCGGACGAGCUGCGGAUGGCCUGCGCGGAGGCCCUGUGCACGUCCCAGAAGCGACGGGCGCAGUUCCGGGACGCGAUGGAGGCCGUGCGAGCCGAGGGAGAGGAGCUGCCCUCGUACUGCCGGAAGAUGACGUCUCCGACGUUCUGGGGCGGCGAGCCCGAGCUCAUCACGCUCUCUAAGAUGCUCCGCGUCCCCAUCUACGUCUAUCUGUCCGAGAGCGAGAUGGGGGCGGACAGUACGGGAUUCGUGCCAGUACAGAAGUACGGCGAGCAGUUCGCGAAGGCCGCGAAGGACGGCUCGCGGAAGGCACGGAGGCCCGUCAGACUGGUGUUCACCGGCGGGAACCACUACGACCUCCUGUUGAAGUGA